AUGGCCGACGACGACGUGCUGUUCGAGGAUGUGUACGAGCUGUGCGAGGUGAUCGGCAAGGGUCCCUUCAGUGUUGUACGACGAUGUAUCAACAGAGAAACUGGGCAACAAUUUGCUGUAAAAAUUGUUGAUGUAGCCAAGUUCACAUCAAGUCCAGGGUUAAGUACAGAAGGUAAGAGAUGGAUUUCAAAUCUAAAGCGGGAAGCCAGUAUCUGUCACAUGCUGAAGCACCCCCACAUUGUAGAGUUAUUGGAGACAUAUAGCUCAGAUGGAAUGCUUUACAUGGUCUUUGAAUUUAUGGAUGGAGCGGAUCUGUGCUUUGAAAUUGUAAAACGAGCUGAUGCUGGUUUUGUAUACAGUGAAGCUGUAGCCAGUCAUUACAUGAGACAGAUCCUGGAAGCCCUGCGCUACUGUCAUGAUAACAACAUCAUUCACCGGGAUGUGAAGCCCCACUGUGUUCUCCUCGCUUCAAAGGAAAACUCGGCACCUGUCAAACUCGGGGGCUUCGGGGUAGCUAUUCAGUUAGGAGAGUCCGGACUUGUAGCUGGAGGACGCGUCGGGACCCCUCAUUUUAUGGCCCCAGAAGUUGUCAAAAGGGAGCCUUAUGGGAAGCCCGUGGACGUGUGGGGCUGCGGCGUGAUCCUCUUCAUCCUGCUGAGCGGCUGCUUGCCUUUCUACGGAACCAAGGAGCGAUUGUUCGAGGGCAUCAUCAAAGGGAAAUACAAGAUGAACCCCAGGCAGUGGAGCCACAUCUCGGAAAGUGCCAAAGACCUGGUGCGGCGCAUGCUGAUGCUGGACCCGGCCGAGCGCAUCACCGUCUACGAAGCCCUGAAUCACCCCUGGCUUAAGGAGAGAGAUCGUUAUGCCUACAAGAUUCAUCUUCCGGAAACAGUAGAGCAGCUGAGGAAAUUCAAUGCAAGGAGGAAACUAAAGGGUGCCGUCCUAGCAGCUGUGUCAAGUCACAAAUUCAACUCAUUCUAUGGGGACCCCCCUGAAGAGUUGCCAGAUUUCUCCGAAGACCCUACCUCCUCAGGACUUCUAGCCGCAGAAAGAGCCGUCUCACAGGUGCUGGACAGCCUGGAAGAGAUCCACGCGCUCACAGACUGCAGCGAGAAGGACUUAGACUUUCUCCACAGCGUAUUCCAAGACCAGCAUCUUCACACGCUACUAGACCUGUAUGACAAAAUUAACACGAAGUCUUCGCCGCAAAUCAGGAACCCUCCGAGUGAUGCAGUACAGAGAGCCAAAGAGGUAUUGGAAGAAAUUUCAUGUUACCCUGAGAAUAGUGAUGCGAAGGAACUAAAGCGUAUUCUAACACAACCUCAUUUCAUGGCCUUACUUCAAACUCACGACGUAGUGGCCCAUGAAGUUUACAGCGAUGAAGCGCUGAGGGUCACACCGCCUCCCACGUCUCCCUACUUAAACGGUGAUUCCCCGGAGAGCGCCAACGGAGACAUGGACAUGGAGAACGUGACCCGCGUCCGGCUGGUUCAGUUCCAGAAGAACACGGAUGAGCCCAUGGGAAUCACUUUAAAAAUGAAUGAGCUAAAUCAUUGUAUUGUUGCAAGAAUUAUGCAUGGGGGCAUGAUCCACAGACAAGGCACCCUGCAUGUGGGUGAUGAAAUCCGAGAAAUCAAUGGCAUCAGUGUGGCUAACCAAACAGUGGAACAGCUGCAGAAAAUGCUCCGGGAAAUGCGCGGGAGUAUCACCUUCAAGAUCGUGCCCAGUUACCGCACGCAGUCGUCGUCCUGUGAGAGAGAUUCCCCCUCCACUUCCAGACAGUCCCCAGCUAAUGGUCAUAGCAGCACUAACAAUUCUGUUUCGGACUUGCCAUCAACUACCCAACCAAAAGGACGACAGAUCUAUGUGAGAGCACAGUUUGAAUAUGACCCCGCCAAGGACGACCUCAUUCCCUGCAAGGAGGCUGGCAUCCGGUUCCGCGUGGGUGACAUCAUCCAGAUCAUCAGCAAGGACGAUCACAAUUGGUGGCAGGGCAAACUGGAAAACUCCAAAAACGGGACUGCGGGUCUCAUUCCUUCCCCUGAGCUUCAGGAAUGGCGAGUGGCUUGCAUCGCCAUGGAGAAGACCAAACAGGAGCAGCAGGCCAGCUGCACUUGGUUUGGCAAGAAGAAGAAGCAGUACAAGGACAAGUACUUGGCCAAGCACAACGCAGUGUUUGAUCAAUUAGAUCUUGUUACAUAUGAAGAAGUAGUAAAACUGCCAGCAUUCAAAAGGAAAACACUAGUCUUAUUAGGCGCGCAUGGUGUUGGGAGAAGACACAUAAAAAACACCCUCAUCACAAAGCACCCGGACCGGUUUGCGUACCCUAUUCCACAUACCACCAGACCUCCAAAGAAAGAUGAAGAAAACGGGAAGAACUAUUACUUUGUAUCUCACGACCAAAUGAUGCAAGACAUCUCUAACAACGAGUACUUGGAGUACGGCAGCCACGAGGACGCCAUGUAUGGAACAAAGCUGGAGACCAUCCGGAAGAUCCAUGAGCAGGGCCUGAUCGCCAUCCUGGACGUGGAGCCUCAGGCGCUGAAGGUCCUGAGAACCGCCGAGUUCGCUCCUUUCGUUGUUUUUAUUGCCGCACCAACCAUCACCCCGGGUUUGAAUGAGGAUGAAUCUCUUCAGCGCCUACAGAAGGAGUCUGAUAUCUUACAGAGAACAUACGCACACUACUUCGAUCUCACAAUUAUCAACAAUGAAAUUGAUGAGACAAUCAGACACCUGGAGGAAGCCGUGGAGCUCGUGUGCACAGCCCCUCAGUGGGUCCCCGUGUCCUGGGUCUAUUAGGCCUGUCCCCAGCUACCUGACACAUACCUGGGAGCCACCUCAUACAUGGAAACGCCUCUUUGUUAUCGGCCUUGUGUCAGCAGGUCGUGGUCCCUAGAGACUACCUAGUUGUAGUGUGACCUACAUUUAUAAUUAUUGUCAUGUCCGAAUAGGUAGGAGGAGAAAAACAAUUACACACUAAUUUAAAGAGACAGUAUCUUUUUUAAUCAGUUCUCCUAAACUUUAAUAAAAUGUAUCUUUAAAUGUAUGUAUUAUUCAAUCCUUUGGAAUGUUAUAUUUUUUGAAAUCAUAGCUUUUUAUUUCCAAGGCCCCUAAAAACUGCACAAAAUAGAUGCUGCUUUCUAUAAUCUAUUUUAAUAAUAAUAAACAGUGAUUCUGUUACCUUGACCGGGGGUGGAAUACUACAUUCUUUUUAGAGUCUGAUUUUAUGGAUUGGAAUCUCUUUCUCUCCUUUAUUUAUUUGAAAUAAUCAGUCUAGUGAUGACGAAACAGUCAGAAAUUUUUAAAGGCCUUUUUUCUCUUCUGUUUUUUAGAGUAGCCUUUUUUUUUUUUUAAGUCCUUUAUGUGACAUCCAGAUGAUGUGAUACUGUCUCUUUGAAGCCCCCCUGUAAACCUUUUAGAGAUUUGAACUUGGGUCUUGACUCUUAAUGCAUGUGGACAGUCGCGAGCGUUUAUGCUGUCGGUGUGUCUGUGUUGGACAAAACGAUCUGUAAUUACAGCCAAGUACAUUCCGUUCACGGGGCACACCCAGGGAAUAAGAAUAAGAUGCUAUUAUGACUAAGUUGUAAAACCUAUGCACAUCCCUUGCAUUUCGGGCAACUUUAUUAAAAAAAAAACAACAAAAACAAAACUGAUUUUUAUUAAUAAUAAUCAUAUAGUGAAAUGUGUUUGUAAUUUUGUCUCAGUUUAAUUUGUUGUAAGGUGGGAGGGGGAAUUGCUGGUUUCACCAUUUCAGAUCUGUGUUGUCUGAGAGUAUUAACGUUUUAAUUAAGCAAAGAAAUGAGGAUUUUUAAAAUGUAUGUAAUUGUUUUAAAAGCACCCAUUUUAAGAGAAUAUACUGUGCAAUGAAGAAACCAGUUUAGGCAUUUGCUAUAAACUGAAUUAUUCCAAAAGAAUAAUCUAUAACAGCCCUGUAAAUUCCUUUAAAAUGCUAACUAACAGGACAGUUUGACCAAUUUUUUUAAAUAUACUUCCUUUUAUGUGUUCAAUAUUAAAAGCCUUUGGGUCCUUCA